AAUAACAAAUGGGAAGUCACACAACUACAAGAUGAUUCACUUUCGGAUACCAGGUACAAAGCGGCUUUGCAAUGAGUUGUUGAUUACUUUCGUCUAAUUGAUCGUGGAAGUUUCAAAUCAUACGCGGAACUAAAUAAUAUCAAACUUGGAGUGACUCAAUAACCUUAGUAACAACAUUGAGGAGCUUCAUACAGCACGUAUAGUAAAUUGUGAGUUUUUAAAUUCAUACGUGCAGCGGAACAAUGCAGUUAUUUGUUCAGUUAUCUAUUUAUGUCAAUUUAGGUGUGUAAGAAUAAUUACAGUAAAGCAAGGCACGGAUAAACUCAACGUAUGUAACGGAGCAGAGCAGACAUUAAACACCACGUCAUAUCCUCAAACUUGCAGGUUUUAAUGGCUGGUCUGAUAUUCAAAGAAGGAAUAUUGAAGCAUAUGACUUGGAAACUGUAAUGAUUUUGAAACUCUUAUAAUUGAAAACUGUUAUAACUUGGAAACUGUAACAAAAAUAGAAUUUUACAAUGUUGUUUAAACUAUAACAGUGGAUAAAUCUGAUGAAACAUGAAAUGGCGUCCUUUAACGAACGAUACAAAGCUGCCAUGGUAUUGAGCGUAGUUGGUGAUUCACUAGGAUAUCGUAAUGGACAAUGGUUGGAAUGUACAAGUGGAAGACAAAUCUACGAAGAACUUAUGGAGCAAAGUUUAGAUGAAAUAAAUAUCAAACCACCUGAGUGGAGAACAAGUGCAUGUACAAUAAUGCACAAUUCUACGUCAAUGUCGCUCGCAAGAUGGGAGUACAAAACGCCAAAUAAAGCGCUUUUUCAGGACAUAGCUACCGCAUACUCGAAGUAUGUUAAGGAUAUCGAAGCAAGACAUCCGGAUGAAACCUGCUUAAAUUCGUGCAAAAUACUAUUAGCAUGCAAAGCUGUUGAUAAAUAUAUUAUUCCAUUCAAUGUUAAAGGCACCAGCAAUGCGGCGAGUGUUAGAACGAUGUGUGUGGGUCUCAUGUAUCAUAAUCCAAAUGACUUGGACCGACUUAUAGCUAUCAGCGUGGAGUGUGGUCGAAUGACACACCAUCAUCCUACAGGAUACCUUGGAGCACUAACUACAGCAUUAUUCACGUCGUUUGCGAUACAACGUAAACCCAUUGAACAAUGGGGACGUGCCUUACUCAAAACUCUUCCCAUGGCUUUAGACUACAUCCGAGAAACAGGGAUAGCUGUGAGUGAAAAUGUUGAUUCGUUUGGUCAUUUUACAAAGGUUUGGAAAAAGCAUCUUAAAUUGCGAAAUAUUGCAAGUGACAAAUUACAGACAAACCCUUAUGACCGAUUUAAUUUUGAGAAAAAUGAUGAGUACUAUAGAUCGGUUUCAUUAGAUGGAAAUCCAGGAAGCAGCGGUUUCGACGCACCGUUAAUUGCGUACGAUGCAAUUCUUUCCUGUAACGGAAACUGGUUGGACUUGUGUGUCGGUGCUAUUUGUCACGGUGGACACAGUAACGUAACGGGAUGUAUAGCGGCGUGUUGGUACGGUGCUUUGUACGCAUAUGAGGGUGUCAAUGAAUGCAAUUACUCAAAGGCAGAGUUUAAGACAAAAUAACAAAUUUUAGGAGAAUCCUUGCAUAGACUUUCUUAUCCUCAUUACCACAUCUAUAUUCAUACCUUAAAAGAAAGGGAAGCGGUCCAAACAAUGACCAUAUAUGAACGAGUACCGCUAAGAGGAAACGAUGUCGGUUGCAGGGAAGUCAGUAUAUUUAAGGAUGAUGAUAUCGAUAUCACGGACGUAAUAAAGAAGAAGUCAGUGAUCUACGGUCAAACGUAGCCUCAGAAGAUGGAGUCAAGAUAGGAAACGCAAUAGCCGUUCACGUUCAUCGUUUUAUAGAUGAAAUUGGAAAACUGUUUCCUGUGUUUCGAGCAUCUGAAAUAUUAAAGGUUGGCAGUUUCUAUGAAGGCACAAAAAUCAAAAGUGCUGAUGAGUUUGACUUUAUAAUUGUGUUAGAUGAGUUCUCAAAGCCCGGUUCAAUUGUGAUCAAUAGAAACGAACGGUCAAUUGAAAGCAUAUAUAUCAAACACGAAAGCUUCCAUAAUUUUUCAAUAUUUCCAGAGGGUUCACAUGUAAGGUACACAAACCCAAAUCAAGCUACCGGAAUAUAUGAUGCAUUUGCUGCAGCUUUAUACCAGAUCGUAAUGAACAAGGGGCAGCCGAGUAAGUUUAGACCAAAGUUUGUAACACUAGAUGAAGAGGAAUGGUUGAACAACCUUCGAUAGAUGGAGUCCAGAUGAAAGUUAUAAUACAGAAAGAAUAUACAGGGUACAAUUUCCGAACAUUAUUUUAGAAUUUGUACAUCAAAAAAUGCAAAUACACGUAGAUCUAACACUUGCUUCGAGAUAUUUUGAUACCAAAGAUUCUCUGAAUACAGAAACUAUCCCUGUACAUAAUUUGAUAAACAUGAUACAUGAACAAAAUUCAGUUUUGUUCGUAGUAUAUAAAGAAACGUUCAGAAUUACUAUGACCGAAGUAGAGGUCGAAUAUAUUAGAAACAACAUGCUUCAGAAGCAUAAAAUCAUAUACAUAUUUCUAAAGUAUAUUAAUGGAAUAUAUACUGCAAAAAACUUCUUGGAAAAAGCAGGGUAUCAGCCAUUCUCCUCUUAUAUGCUUAAAACCAUCUGUUUACACCACGAACAUGCUUGUACGACAGCAGACCAUAAAAGCUACGAUUCUUGUUUAAGCGCCAUUCUGUACAUAAUGAAAGAAAGUAUAGAAAAUGGAUACUUUGUCUCUGCUGAAUGUGUUAAAGAAAUAUGUGUCGGUUAUUUGCCCAGUGUGUUUGACAUAAAAAGAAAUUUGUAUAACCAACCACGAAAAACGGUUGAUAUUUUGGUGGAGCUUAGGAAAUGUAUGGUACAUGAUUUGAAGAGUGUUCUUGAACAUGGGCGAAAAUGGCAAACUCUGGAGGAAUUCGACAAAGAAAUUAAGUUACAUAUUGAAAAGUCAGUGAAGUCAGUUUGUGCAAAGACGUGGUCUGAUUCUGAAUAUAUAAUGCCAUUGUACAGGAAACCCCCAGCCUAAGUGGGCGAAAACGAUAUUUGUUACUCCCCACCACUCAAUGGUACUGAUUGGGCUAAAAGAUGUAAAACUUUGGAAUAGGUUACAGGCCAAAAUUUUUUAUAGGUCGUUCUGUUACACAUACUGGUAUAUUUAGUCUGAAAUUAUUUUUGAAGAGAAGAUUUUACAGUAUUCGAAAAAAAAGAUGUUUUUUUUUUCAUAGGUAUUAUUGCAACGUUUAAUACCCGCUACAAAGUAUUGUAUACAUAUAAUUCUUAUUAAAUAUGCCUCUUAAUCAUUGUAGAUAUCGAUUUGUAUAUAGGCGUACAUAUGAAAUAAUUAGAUAGUGUGUCCCGCACCUAGGAUCACAUACGCUUUUAGCAGGUUUCCACAAUUUUUAAAGUGUUAAGAAUACAUUAUUGUUACUAGUAUCCAAAUACAAUAGACCAAAUACUUGUUGUCGUAAUAACAUGUCAGUUUUAUUUCUUAAUCUCUCAGACUAGUCUACUAUUGUUUUGCUUCAUUUAGUUAUAUAAUUUCGACAAGUAUUAUUUCUCAUAAAAAUAUGUUCAUUCAUAAAAUAAUGGUUGUCUCACAGUUUAUUGAUACUCAGUGCCAUCUGUUAAUAAACAAAAAAGUGUUAUGUGACUUUAAUGUAGUACUGAAAUAUUUUCAACUUAUAUCUAUGUAUUGUGUAUCAUUUGAUGACAGCGUAGACCUUAAGAUUCCUUUCAUGACGGAAUGUGGACUGGAUUCAACUAAACGUAUGUACGUGGCCAAAUAUGACUCAACAUAUUAUAUUUAAUCGAAUUGAAAAGGGUGUUUCAAUUCGCAAUCGGAAAAUAAUAGAAGGUAUAUCAAGAUGGUCAAUAUUUUACAAGUUCGUGUUUGUGUCUCAAAAGAACUAUUCAGCUUUUAUCAGUGUUUAAUGUUGCGAGGAAGACCCCGGGUGCCUCCUUCGUACAUAACUUUAGCAAUGAAAUGGUACAUGGAUAAAGCCAUGAAUUGUUCACAAAGUCAGCUUGAUGGCAUACUCUUAUUAAAAAAUAGACAUCUCGUGCGGGGUUUCGAACAUACAAAGAUACGAGCGGAUACAAACUACAGUCCAUAUCUCAAACGUAUACUAGAUCCGAAUUUUACAUUUGAAAAUAUGAACAAUUACUACAUAUAGUUUAUGUAAACAUACAAUUAACAAUACUAUGCAAUAGGUUUAAAAUAAGACAAAAUGCAUGUAUAGCUUAACACAGUAUAAAUAUUUAUUACUAGUACAAAAAGUCUAGCCAAUGAUUUAUAUUUAAUAUACAUGUACACUAAUUGGAUGUUUUAGAUUUAGAGCAUCAUUUUACCACAAACUCUUAAGUUGCGAUACUCUGUCAAAAAGGAGAUUCUAUUGUGCAUGCAUAUCAUGUGAGGAAGCCAUUCAGCUGACUUACGGAGGAUCAUUGGUUCUACAUAGGUGGCCGCCCUUGAAAUAAUGCAUGGAGGGUCACACGGGGUCUUCCUCCACCAUCAAAGCUUAACAGUUCCUAUAUCACCUAAAUGUCUGUCGGCGCGUUGUGCAUGCAUUCUUAUGUUUGUUUGUUUUAGGUUUAACAGUAUUUCAGUAACGCCGGGCAGUUAACCUAACCAGUGUUCCAGGAUUCUGUACCAGUACAAACCUGUUCUCCGCAAGUAAUUGCCAACUUCCCCACAUGAUUAAGAGGUGGAGGACAAAUGGUUUCGGAUACAAUGGCUUGUAUCAAAUCGUCACGGAGAACAAACGCGUCCCCUAGGGCUUGAGCUCGUUUUCUACAAACGUACCAACAUAACAUAAUGUAUAUUCACUGAACCUCGAUGUACUCAAUUUGGGCAUGUCGGAAAAUUUGUUUGCACAAAAGCAAGACACCCGUCUCACUCUACUGUUCAAGUUUCAAAUGAUAUGUGUUUUACUGGUAUAUCAAGAGAACCGCAGGAGAACAAAAUGAUAGGCCGAGAUCUCGAGUAGAAAAAGGUUACGCUAAAUAUAACGCUCUUAGCGUGGUACUGAAGAUUUUUUAAUGGUUGCAAUUAAAUCUAUCAAUCAAUAUCCAAAUCCGGUUAUCGAAAUAUCAUUUUGCAAUUUACGCAGUUUGAUUUUGCGUUUGCCAAUGUUAGAUGUUGUUUACGCGUUAACUAGAAGAAGUUACGUUUGGGAAGAUAUAUUUAUAAAAAAAAACUGUCAAAAUGCGGAUGCAGAAGUCAUGCAUUAAAUUACACAUUGACGAAAAUUUCAAAAACGAUAACAACAAAAAUCUAGUAUAUCCUUAAUGUGUGAGUUUUGCCUAUGCAAACUUCACAUUGUAGAGGAUAUUAAAUAAACACAUGAAUAGAUAGAUAAAUAAAUAAUGAUAAUAACAGCUUUGCACACGGUUCGAAUAUGCAAUUUGUUCACAUGUGUAGCAGUUGGGAUUCGGUAAGAAUUCAGAUGCUGUUGCCAUAUAGCUAACAGACAAAUUGUUAAGUCCCUUUGGUGGUACACAAUAUGCCUGCGCGGACCUUGGCAGUUGCACAAUAAAGUAUAUCAUAGAAUGACACAGUGUUUCAGUGACGCAAAUAUUUGGAAACGUAACUAUAUAUCUACUUUUACUGUGGAUUUAAAGUUGUUGUGUCCUAGAGUGUAUUGUAUAGAGCAAUUCACAGAACUCUGAUUUUUUAACAUUCUAAGUGUGGCAUAAUUAAUUUUGUUAUUUAUCGUUGUAUCGAAGUAAUUCAAGGAAUAAUCUGCAAAAUAGAUAAUCUUAGAUAAAAAAUAUUAAUGAAUGCCAGUAGGGGCAAAGUAUCGUGACAGAGCGAUUGAGCUACUGAAGCACACACUUUCCAGAGUAAAGUUACAUAGGCCUCUAUACCAAAAAUGGUUAUAUUCCUCAAAAUAUUCGGGGCUGUUCCAGUUGCAAUUUUAGACACUAAGUAAAAACUGUUUAUAAAGGUCACUAUUUUAUGUUUUCGUUUAAGAACAAAUACUACAAGCAAAUUCAGUGAAGUUAUAUCCCCCACCAAACAGGUUGUUUUGUUAAUGAGACGACUACAUUUUGAAACAUAUGUAAUUUCCAGAUACACAAGCUAUAUACAAUAGGACUGUAUCAUGGUUUGAUUUGACUGAUUUGAGUAUAGUGUGAUUUAUCUUUUUGAAUAAUAUUAAUAAGCUUAAGGUAACAGAAAAUAAAAACAAGAAGGGCUUUUUGGCAAAAAUAUAUGUCCCACUACCUCCGCCUGUGCAUAUGGUACGGGUAUUCGAACGAAUAGUGGCCAUCUACAAAUCAAGACUAGUGUGUGUAUAAAUCAAAGGUAAUAACUCUGAAGUUACUGAAGAGCUCCUGAUGAAAGAUGUACGUGUACCACCGCCAUAUAGUGAUGUAUAUUUGUCUUAGAUUUCAUGCAGAUUUAUCAAUGGAUUACUUUGUUAUUUGGAAAUUUAUGGAUUGUAGAACAAUUAAAGAGCAAUGACUGAAAAUACUAAAGUGAUCCUGGCGUAAAUGCACCAACGCCCUAUAGUGUUUAACAUUUGUGUAAGGUUUCAUAAAGAUGCAUAAAUAGGUUACUUAUAUAAAGUCAAAAAUUCCUGUUUUUACCAAAUCGAGGGGACAAACUCUGC